GAGGUGGGGGAAGCCAGGGGGAGGAAGGGAGGCGCCCCGCUCCGCGGAUCGCUCAGUCCUGCAAACGCGCGCCGGGCGCUUCCCCGGGAGCUGGGCUGUGCGAGUGAGCGCCCUUUUGCAGCAACCGCUGCCCGAGGGGGCGGGGAAGAGGGGACUCCGGCCGGCCGGCCAGGGGGCGGCGUCCCCCCCUCAAAACCGCCUACAAAGUGUUUGGGGAGGCAAAAUCAGGCCGACUGCUCGGCGGAGCAAGCCACUCGCCCCGGGGCUGAGCGAGCGCACUGGGUUGGUUGGGAGCGGUUGCUAGCGGGCGCCGGUGCCCUGGGCGCCGGGCUUGGGCUCACCAUGCUCCUGCGGGACCGGGUCGCCGGGCACAAGCGGAUCCCCGGCUUGCCCCCGCCUCGACGCGCUCGGAUUAGCUGCAGCUGGCUCCCAGGGAUUUGAAUCUGGACCCCAGGAGGGAGCGCGCUUAGGCCGACCUCGGAGCGGCGGCCCCCCGGCCAACAUGCUUCGCAAAGGGUGCUGUGUGGAAUUGCUGCUGCUCCUGCUGCUGGCUGAGGAGCUACCCCUGGGUGGUGGCUGUCCUCGAGACUGUGUGUGCUACCCCGCACCCAUGACUGUCAGCUGCCAGGCACACAACUUUGCUGUCAUCCCAGAGGGCAUCCCAGAGGACAGCGAGCGCAUCUUCCUGCAGAACAAUCGUAUCACUUUCCUCCAGCAGGGCCACUUCAGCCCCGCCAUGGUCACCCUCUGGAUCUACUCCAACAACAUCACUUUCAUCGCUCCCAACACCUUCGAGGGCUUUGUGCAUCUGGAGGAGCUAGACCUUGGAGACAACCGGCAACUGCGGACGCUGGCACCCGAGACCUUCCAGGGCCUGGUGAAGCUUCAUGCCCUCUACCUCUAUAAGUGUGGACUGAGCGCCCUGCCCGCAGGCAUCUUUGGUGGUCUGCACAGCCUGCAGUACCUCUACUUGCAGGACAACCACAUUGAAUACCUCCAAGAUGACAUCUUUGUGGACCUGGUCAACCUCAGUCACUUGUUUCUCCAUGGCAACAAGCUUUGGAGUCUGGGCCAAGGCAUUUUCCGGGGCCUGGUGAACCUUGACCGGCUGUUGGUGCAUGAGAACCAGCUACAAUGGGUCCACCAUAAGACUUUCCAUGACCUCCACAGGCUGACCACCCUCUUUCUCUUCAACAACAGCCUCACUGAGCUGCAAGGUGACUGUCUGGCCCCCCUGGUGGCCUUGGAGUUCCUUCGCCUCAAUGGUAACGCCUGGGACUGUGGCUGCCGGGCGCGGUCCCUGUGGGAAUGGCUGAGGAGGUUCCGAGGCUCCAGCUCUGCUGUUCCCUGUGCGACCCCUGAGCUGCGGCAAGGCCAGGAUCUGAAGCUGCUGAGGGCUGAGGACUUCCGGAACUGCACAGGGCCAGCAUCUCCACACCAGAUCAAGUCACACACGCUCACCACCUCUGACAGGGCUGCCCGCAAGGAGCACCACCCAUCCCAUGGUGCCUCCAGGGACAAAGGCCACCCACAUGGCCAUCUGCCUGGCUCCAGGUCAGGUUACAAGAAGCCAGGCAAGAACUGUACCAGCCAUAGGAACCGAAACCAGAUCUCGAAGGUGGGCACUGGGAAACAGCUUCCUGAACUACAGGACUAUGCCCCUGACUACCAGCACAAGUUCAGCUUUGAUAUCAUGCCGACCACACGACCCAAGAAGAAGGGCAAGUGUCCCCGCAGGACCCCCAUCCGUGCCCCCAGUGGGGUGCAGCAGGCCAACUUGGGCACUUCCCUGGGGGCCUCGCUCCUGGCCUGGAUACUGGGGCUGGCGGUCACUCUCCGCUGAGGACUCAGGACAUCACUGCCCAGCACUGCCACACGUCCAGCAAGGAACAGAAUCUUUUCCUCUUGUUUUGUUUUUUUUUUUCUUUUUAAGCGGAAGAUCUGCUGGGUUUCAGGAAAAGGCUGCUAAAGCCUUCAAUCACAGUCUGGACCCUUCCUGGUGGAUUAUAAGCUCAAAGUGUAUAGCUCUAGAGAGGAGGGGUAGUUAUCUUACCUGGUUGUCCUGGCCCAGCACCUACGGACAGCAUCCACUCCAGCAUGGUGGUCAAAGGCAUACCCAGUGAAUCAUAGCCGUGACGGGACAUAUGCCCUGUGGAGAAGCUGGGCUCUGUGGAAUCCUGGUCACUUGGAAAGAAGGGCCGGAGGACGCUGCUGUUUUGGGAAGGAGUGGACUCAGGACAAGGCUCCCGCAGAGCCAGCUGGGGCAGCCAGCCAUCUCAGAGCACUCUUGCUCUUGCCUGAGGCCACCUCGUCAACCUGCCCAGUCCUACUUUGUCACCCUCAGUCCCUACCCGUGGGGGUAAUGCCUCUCAUUCCUGAUGUCUCAGGCAGUCCUGGCAGACCUGCUGGGGUCCGAGAACCAAUCACCAAAGGGAAGAUCAUCAGAGAAUGACAUUUAGAACUUUACUCGCAAUGAGAGUCACACAGAAGGUGCAGUUUUAUACCUGUGUCCACUUAUAUAUACCCUCACACCCUACCCACACACCCACACAAUAUAAAUAUAUAUACAUAUAUAAAUAUAUAAAUGCACAGCUCCCCUCCCACUCCUUACCAAACUGUAUGUCUUAUCAUGUUUAUAAACUAUACGGGAACCUAUAUUUGCUCAACUACAGAUUGUAUUGGUAAUUUCUAGCAAGGAAAAACAAAAAGCUGUGGCAUUUUUGGUCCAAAUCCCAGCUGGCAGCAAUAGUCCCUGGGCUUGCUGGGGCAAAGGUGUCAGUGGGAAGAUUGAGGAGGAAGAGAAACAGAGAAUCACUUCAGGAGACCAACAUUCUUAGCUACUUAGAACAUCCCCUUGUUUUUAUAUGCAACACAUGCCUGUCUGGCACCCUGGAGCACCCCCACUACCCCUCCUGUAGAAGCUACAGGCUUUGGGGUGAGAUGUGGGAAGUAGCUUGUUGGAUAUCAGGGUGCUGGAGGCAAGCUAGGUGGAGCAGCAGAAAGGGCUUUGGGGGUUUUCCAGCCAGCAAAUAAGGCAGCAUCCACAGUGUUAGCCCAGUGGGUUGGAUGGACAGAGUCCUUCUAACGUUUUGCCAGCGAUGGUCUGGGCAGGUCAGGAGGCUCUGAGCUCUGACCUCAAGGAAGACUUAGCUGCAAUUUUAACUCACUGGCUCUUUGGCCAGUGACCUGCUGAAGGCCCUGAAUAGUUUGGCAAUAGAGAAGACUCUAGUGGCCUUAGCAUAUGAGGGCAUUUCAAUAACCAUCUCAGGCGCUCUUUGUUACAGAGGUCUUGUUCCUCCUGAUUAUUUUGGAUAUAAUCCAGGACAGGCAGAGGUCAGAGGGCUAGACUCAGGGGUCAGAGCCCAACAGGCAGCAUGCAGGGAACAGAGCAGGCAAGCCCAGUCAGGGAAUAGGGGCUGCUGGCCCAAAGAUCUCGGGCAGGCACAAUCUCUUGCGCUUUGCACAAACCCGAAUCCCCUACCAGCGAGGGUGUGUGAGGAGUAAGAAAUGCUGAAUCCAAUUAAGAGAGAAAAAUAAUAAAAAAAAAUUCUCUUGGA